AUGGUCGAAUUCGCCAACUUGCCUGUACAAGGCAACAAAGAAAACCAAAACGAAGAUAUCGCUGGGAUGUCCAAUUCCAGCUCGACUUCUUCGGACCAGGAAACUCUCAAUGCCGCAUCUAAGCGACGGUCCGCAGACGAGGCGCAAGAGUGGGUGGGCGCCAAGAGGAAGAGGAAGUCUAAGUCGAAGCCAGAAAAGGGAUUGAAGACCAAGGUCAAUGGCAAGAGCUCUAAGAGACGACUGAGCGUUAGCAAGCCUGCUAGAGAUCCGCGCGAUGAAGCGUCUCCUCCGCGCCCGCCAAAGGGCCCUGAUGAGCCUCGAUCACCAAGUCCAGUCAUCAACUUUGAUGGUUUAAGCAGACCAAGCCGGGGAACCCGCGAGCGCAAAGAAGAGACUCCCGAGCAGGCCGUUAUUCGUAUGGAGAGGCUCUCCGGGGCUGUCCGCACUAUCCUCGAAUGUAUUGGCGAAGACCCUGACCGGGAAGGGCUCCUAGGUACGCCAGAGAGAUAUGCUAAAGCCAUGCUCUUCUUUACCAAAGGCUACCAGGAGAAUGUGCGAGAUAUUGUCAAUGAUGCAAUUUUCCACGAAGGCCAUAAUGAACUCGUUAUUGUAAAAGAUAUCGAGGUCUUUAGUCUCUGCGAACAUCACAUGGUGCCAUUUACGGGAAAGAUGCACAUUGGCUAUAUUCCGGACAGAAAUGUUAUUGGUAUUUCGAAACUCCCUCGAAUAGCAGAUAUGUUCUCUCGCAGAUUACAGAUUCAAGAGCGGCUCACAAAAGACGUGGCGCAUGCAAUCAUGGAAGUCCUAAAGCCGCAGGGUGUUGCAGUGGUCAUGGAAUCGAGCCAUCUUUGCAUGGUUAUGCGAGGUGUCGAGAAGACCAGUGCCACCACAAUUACAAGUUGCGUGCUGGGCUGCAUUGAGAAGAGAGAAAAGACUAGGAACGAAUUCUUCAGCCUUGUUGGUCUCAAUAGGCGCUGA